AGCAUCCUUUGGGGCACAUCUGCCCUGGCUAGGAGGUGUUUUAGGCGCCGCGUUCGGCGCUGUCACUGGGAGCAGACGGAGCGGCUCUGCACGGCGGAGAAAGGGUGGAGCCAGGCUCGCUCGGAUCCAGCGUUCGUGGGCAGGACAAGGCAGUGAUUAGAAGCCACAAACAAUAUCUGCGACUCCUCCAGCCUCUGGAAACCAUGCGUAAGAUCCCACUGGUGGAAAACUUGCUCCUUCUACCUGGGCAGCUGCCGGCGGGCUGCUCCUCUUGAUCUCGCAUCCAGCGUGCGAAGCAGGGGGAGAGACUUCCCCGAGUCCCACCCCCGGCCGGACUCUGCCCUGCCGCUGUGCCCGGAGCUGCUGGAUGAGCAGCGGUGCCCGCGGGGGUGGCACGGCCCCCCAGCCCUGCCCUGCAGCAUGCAGUGCAUCCGCAGGCAGCCCAAGCGCACCGCGUCCCAGGAGAACGUGCUGCUGGAGCAGAGCCGCCGGGUGGCCGCGCUGAAUGGCAUCAGGCUGGGCCUGAAAGAUGACAAGGACCUGAAGUUCCUCCUGAAGGGCAGCCACCUGCUGAAAGUGAAGUCAAGCUCCUGGAGAAAGGAGCGGUUCUAUAAGCUCCAGGAGGACUGCAAAACCAUAUGGCAGGAGUCAAAGAAGGUGCUGAGAUCCCCAGAGUCACAGAUCUUCUCCAUUGAAGAUAUCCGGGAUGUGAGGUCAGGCCAUAAAACAGAAGGGAUGGAAAAAUACGCCAAGGAUGUCCCGGAGUAUCGCUGCUUUUCCAUCAUCUUCAAAGACCAGAGGAAAAACCUGGACCUCAUUGCGAGCUCAGAGGAUGAUGCCAACCACUGGAUCACCGGCCUUGGGAAAAUCAUAGCCCACAGCAACUCCAUGAACCAGAAACAGAAACUCCAACACUGGAUUCACACCUGCCUGCGGAAAGCUGACAAAAACAAAGACAACAAGAUGAGCCUGAAAGAGCUCAAAGACUUCCUGAAAGAAGUGAACAUUGAAGUCGAUGACUACCAUGCCAAGAAGAUUUUCCAGCACUGUGACAAGUCCAAAACAGAGGCUCUGGAGGAUGAUGAGAUAGAGGAAUUUUACAAGAUACUGACAGAGAGGAAGGAAAUAGACAGCAUCUUCCAAGUGUACUCGGACCCUGAAGGGUUCAUGUCCUGCCAGAACCUGGUGAGGUUUCUCUAUGAGAUCCAGCAGGAAGAAGAUGCUGUUGUUGCUGCCCCUGCCUUAAUUCAGAGAUAUGAGCCAAAUGAAAGAGCCAAGAGGGGCAAUGCCAUGACCAAGGAUGGUUUCCUGAUGUACCUGCUGUCAGACGAGGGGAACAUCUUCAACCCCUCCCACCGGAGAGUUUACCAGGACAUGAGCCAGCCUCUCAGCCACUACCUGGUGUCAUCCUCACACAACACCUAUCUGAUGGAAGACCAGAUCACAGGGCCAAGCAGCACAGAGGCCUAUAUCAGAGCCCUGACCAAAGGCUGUCGCUGUGUGGAGCUGGAUUGCUGGGACGGCCCCAACUCAGAGCCCGUCAUUUAUCACGGCUACACCCUCACCUCCAAGAUCCUCUUCAGUGAUGUCAUUAAGGCCAUCAAGAACUAUGCAUUCAAAACCUCACCUUACCCUGUCAUCCUCUCCCUGGAGAACCACUGCAGCGUGGAGCAGCAGAAGGUCAUGGCCCAGCACAUGACCACCAUCCUGCAGGACAUGCUCUUGGUUGUCCCAGUGGACGGAAACAAAUCCCAGUUCCCCUCCCCAGAGCAACUGAAAGGGAAGAUCCUGGUGAAAGGCAAGAAGCUGAGCAGGCAGGAGGACCCCAUCAAUGGCAACAACAACCUGGAGGCUGAGGAUGUCUCUGAUGAAGAUGAAGCAGCUGAAAUUGAAGAUGAAUCUGUGAAGACCAAGGUAGAGCAGAAGGGGAAGAGUGACACCUUGAAGCUGGCCAAGGAGCUGUCAGACAUAGUUGUCUACUGCAAGAGUGUCCACUUUGAAGGCUUUGAUGACCCCAACCACCCUCGGGCUUUCUACGAGAUGUCAUCGUUCUCGGAGAGCAAAGCUCUGAAACUGGCCCAGGAGUCUGGAACCAGUUUUAUCCAUCACAACAUCAGGCACCUGAGCCGUAUCUAUCCUGCAGGCUGGAGGACAGAUUCUUCCAACUACAGCCCCGUGGACUUGUGGAAUGUUGGCUGCCAGAUUGUUGCCCUAAAUUUCCAGACAGCAGGCACAGAAAUGGAUGUGUACCAGGGUCGGUUCCAGGACAAUGGGUUUUCUGGGUAUGUCUUAAAGCCAGAAUUCCUCCGGGAUGAACAAACCCAAUUCAAUCCAAAAUCCAUCACAGAAGGAACAUGGGGGACAAAGAAGAAGCUCCUGCUUAAAAUAAUCUCUGGUCAGCAGCUGCCAAAGGUGAACAAGAGCAAGAACUCCAUUGUGGAUCCCAAGGUGACGAUAGAGAUCCACGGAGUCCAGCAGGACAACAACAAGAAGCAGACCAAAGUCGUCGAGAACAAUGGCUUCAACCCAAACUGGAAUGAAGAGUUUACGUUUGACAUAGAGGUCCCUGCACUUGCCCUGGUCCGGUUUGUGGUGGAAGACUUUGACAUGUCGACCAAGAAUGACUUCAUCGGGCAGUACACCCUUCCCUUCACGAGUCUGAAGCAAGGUUAUCGCCACAUCCACCUCCUGACCAAGAAUGGAGACCCCUACUCCUCCUCCACCCUCUUUGUCUACAUCAGUAUCCAGGACAGUGAUUAGCAGCUGCUGCUCCAGGCCACAGUGAGCCUCCUUACAGAGCUGGAAGGAAUUCAGAGUGUGACCAGAGCCAGGGUCAGUCCCCAGCACCUUCCCUGGAGCAGCACCCCGAUGUGAGACAGCCAUCCACCUUCUCCUGCUGCCUGCUGGAACCAUCCUAAUGCUGCUCUUGAGAUUUUGUACCUGUUCUACCAAUCCAGCUGUGGUUUUAGUUCACUUUAUUUCGAUUUUUUAUUAUUAAUGUUGCUUUUAGCGAGAGGAUAGGGACUCCUUUUUUAGUGAAGCACAGCUCUUGGGUUGGGCUCGGUCAGGCAUCUGGGCAAAGCACCCACCGUGUGUGCAAGGAAAGGUCUCCCUCAGCACUGCAAUCAGUGGCCAGGUGACUCCUUGCAGCUGCAGGUGUCAGCCAUCCUUCACCACGUGGAGUCCAGAAUGGGGCCACCAUUCCCCUCCUUUCUGUUACAGAUUAAAGAAGAAAGCUGCACUACAAAGCCCCGUCUUAUGUAACCCGAGUUUCCUUUUGUGUUGUAAUAAAAAAUACAUGAGCCCUACUCUGCCUGUGUGCCUGGCUCUCAGCCAGCCCACUUUGCAUUCAAAGCCAGGCUCUCAUCCUGUGAAGGAGAAAGAAGCUGCUGAACAGCAGAUUUCCCUCUGACCCAAAGUGAAACCCACUCAAAGGGACCUCAGAGAAGGUCUUUUGCCAAAGACAGUGAAAACAUGCUCAACAACUGCC